AUGCGUUCAGUCAUCUCUCUGCUUUCAUUCUCGUCUGUUGCUCUUGCGAGCUGGACCCAGAACUUGAACUACCGCAGUCCUUCUGACCACCACCCUGGACUCGGUAUCUCUCUUCACAAGGUCAACAAGCGUAAUGUGCCCGGUACUCAGUACUCUGCCUCGCAGUUGAACUUUACCCAUGGCAUUGCCUCCGGUGACCCUUACUCAGACUCUGUCAUUCUGUGGACUCGCAUUGCUCCCAUGUUUGACAGUGUCAAUGACAACUCGACCGUCUCUGGCAUUGCACCUCUGUACGGCCAUGGUGCAAACUUGAACGCUAGUACUGCUCCUGUCUGUGUGCAGUUCAAGGUUUCCAAGUCUCCCAACUUUACCCAUGUUGAGAGCAGCGGUACUGCUUACACUUCGUCCGAUAUUGACUACACUGUCAAGGUGAGAUUAAUCGACCUACUGAAGAUUGAUGCAUUGGCUGAUUCGCGGUUAUCUAGNGUCGAGGCUAAGAACUUGACGGCCUUCACCCGUUACUACUACCAAUUCAAUGUCUGCGGCUCCAACAAGACUAGUCCUCUUGGCCGCACCAAGACUGCUCCUGACACUAACGACUACACUGCCGAGGUUGGACUUGCUGUCUACUCGUGCAGCAAUUUCCGUAUGCCAUCAUGA